GGGCUGGCGCUGAUGCUGCGGAGGGUGCUGGCAGAGCGGCGGAUGCUCAGUGUAUCCUGAGAGGUGGUUCACGCUGCAGCCCGUGCGCGCUGUCUCUUUAUAUUCCCCGCUCCCUUUCCGCCCGCUCUCACCCUCCCCCCGCGCUCCCCGGCUCCGCGGCAGGGGCCCGGCGGGAGUCCAGCAGGUCGCCGCAGUGCCGCUCCUCCCGCACACUGCCCGAUGCCCACGUUAUGUCGCCAUAGACCAGUUUGAUGGGGCUCUUACGGAUUAUGAUGCCGCCCAAGUUGCAGCUGCUGGCGGUGCUGACCUUUGGGGUCGCCAUGCUCUUCCUGGAGAACCAGAUCCAGAAACUGGAGGAUUCCAGGGGGAAGCUCGAAAGAGCGAUUGCACGGCAUGAAGUACGGGAAAUCGAGCAGCGCCACUCCAUGGAUGGCUCCAGGCAGGAGAUCUCCCUGGAUGAUGACGAAGACAUUUUGAUUAUUUAUAACAGAGUUCCUAAGACUGCCAGCACUUCCUUUACAAACAUUGCCUAUGACCUCUGUGCAAAAAACAAGUAUCAUGUGUUGCACAUUAACACAACCAAAAAUAACCCAGUGAUGUCUCUACAAGAUCAGAUGCGAUUCGUAAAGAAUGUUAGUUCCUGGAGAGAGAUGAAACCAGGCUUCUAUCAUGGACACAUUUCUUAUCUGGACUUCGCAAAAUUUGGUGUUAAAAAGAAACCCAUUUAUAUUAAUGUAAUCAGAGAUCCUAUUGAGAGGCUUGUCUCGUAUUACUAUUUCUUACGAUUUGGUGAUGAUUAUCGACCAGGUCUACGCAGAAGAAAACAAGGAGAUAAAAAGACCUUUGAUGAAUGUGUAGCAGCUGGAGGCUCUGACUGCGCUCCAGAGAAACUUUGGCUUCAGAUCCCGUUCUUCUGUGGCCACAGCUCAGAAUGCUGGAAUGUGGGAAGCAGAUGGGCCUUAGAUCAAGCCAAAUACAACCUGAUUAAUGAAUACUUUCUUGUGGGAGUCACAGAAGAACUUGAAGAUUUCAUCAUGCUAUUGGAAGCAGCCUUGCCCCGUUUCUUCAGAGGUGCAACUGAGCUUUACCGUUCAGGAAAGAAGUCCCAUCUUCGAAAAACAACAGAGAAGAAGGCACCUUCUAAAGAAACUACAGCAAAGCUCCAGCAAUCUGACAUCUGGAAGAUGGAGAACGAGUUCUAUGAAUUUGCUCUAGAACAGUUUCAGUUUGUCAGGGCACACGCAGUUCGAGAAAAAGAUGGAGAGCUGUAUAUCCUGGCACAAAACUUUUUCUAUGAAAAAAUUUACCCAAAGUCAAACUAAGGGAGGUUUACACUGCUAGUUUAAUGGACUUACAACUUUUGUUCAUAAGACUUAAUUUCAGGCCUACAGACUCUGUUGGUAAUUAUACCUUUGAGACGGUUCAUUGAUAACUUGCUCCGGUUGUCUUCAAAUGAGCCAUAUCAAAUGUCAGCCACUAAGAAAACGCGACCUUCAGAUGAUUUAAAACUUCUGGCACGAGAUCAUAGUGAUAACGCUAUAAAAAAAAUUGAACUUACGGUUCCUAUUUAACACUGGACAGUCCCAAAAAUACACUGUACAUAAAGCCAAACUCUGGGUCCUUUUUAUUUUCAAGAAAGUGUUUUCCUGACCACAUUUAUUUUUAAUUUGUGUCCAAUUUUCAAUUGUGAUGGUUCUUGAUGAACGUGUGAUUCACCUGUGUAUAUUCUGAACAUCUUUUAAAACUGUACUGCACAUGCUGCUGUAAAAUGUACCCAUCCAAAAUGCUCACACAUUAUUAGAAAUAUUGUUGUACAGUAGGUCUGGGUGAAAAGACAUCUAAGGCAAUUACUACAAAUAAUUACACAAACACUCCUAAAAGCAUCAUUGUUUCAGCUAGAACCAUAUAUUUGAGCAAACUAUUAAAAUCUGUAUUUUACAGUAGUGCAUUUUUAUGGAAUAUACUUUGAUAUAAAUCAAAUAACUAAAAAUGUGUCAUACAAAUAGGAGAGCUCCAGAGUACACACAGUCACCACUAAUGCAAUACCAUAUGCUUAAUAUCUCAAAUGGACAAGGAAAAAUGUCUGCAGGUAUUAUUCAGGGGACAUGUCUAUUUCAGAACCUUUAGGUAAUUUUUAUUUAUGUAUUUAAAGGGACAUGCAUUACUGUGAGACCACUAUCUCAUUUAAUAGCUUUAGGACACCAAUCAAUGUCCUAUUCCUAGGAAUGCUCGAAAAGUGCACUGGGUGUGUUUGACAGUUUUAAAGAUGUGCCGUUGGAAGAUCUCUUUGCCCUGCAACAAUCUAACAGGGGGAGGAGGAGUCUGAUCAGAGAGAUAUAUGCAGGCUUCGGUGUCUGAGAUCUCUUUCGUGCUGCUGCAUAAUGAUUUGUAGGUAGGAGGUAAGGUAAUGGGGAGGCUGGAAAAACUUCUCUAGCUGAGAAGUGUGCUCAACAAUGCAUUUUGACCAAGUUUAGAAACAUUUAUUACAUACUUUUAAAAGUUUAUCUUGCUUUAUUUUGGUUUGUAUAUCAGUUUAAAAGGGUUUGCUACCUGAUUUAAAAAAAUAGUUGUCAAGUCAUGCAUGUCCCUUUUUAAUAAUACGUUAGAACCCAAAUAAUGGAUCUUCUGGAAUAGAGUCAUACUAGGAUAGGAAGUGGAGAAGGAUCAGGCCCCAAAGAGGCAGUUUCCCCCUUUAAUGAAAAUGUAUUGUUGUUAAUCUCCUGCAACUACUUGAGUAGGAAUGACCCACUUAGAAUCUGGAGGGAUAGUGUGAGUGAAACUUUCACCCAACCCUAUUGUACAAUGCAGAAACACUAGACAGCAAUUCAAAAACAAUUGUACUUUAUUUUUAUUUCAUUUGGUCUUCCUCCAUGUCCAGAGAAAUUGGAGAAUCACUAGCUUAUUGUUUUUUUUUUUUUAUAUAUAUUUUUUUACCCAUCUGUUCAUGCUUAAUCUCUGUAUAUUGCAAUAGCUAUUAAUUCAAUGCAAAACCAACUGGUUAACUGUGGUAACAAGAUUUCCUACUUCCAUACUUUUACCUGUAGAAUAUUUUUUACUGAAGUGCUUUGUAAUGUGUUUUAAAUAUUAGCAUUUACAUACUGAAUAAAAAGCUGUAAAUAAUGCA